UAGAAAAUUCAUUACACAAGUUUAAAACGAAAGAUAAAAAAAUAUUGAAUUUUAUAGAGAAUUGACAGGAAAUAAUCACAUUAGAUAUGGCUACUGCCCAAGGACAGAUUGUAAUUCGCUGUCAGUUGUGCUCAAAUCCUGUUGAACAUCAUUGCAAUCUUUGUCAUGUGAACCUCUGCCCUUCAUGCAUACCAGAACACAUGGCUGACAAAUCAAGAAGACAUGAAGUUGUAGAGUACACUUUCAGAAAAGAACAUUCAGUUAUUCUUCCAUCAUGUCUUACACACGAGAAAUACCAUUGUGAGACGUAUUGCAAAGACUGUAGAAUACCAAUCUGUCUUCAGUGCCUCAUGGGUUCACAUAAAAAGCAUGAGUUUACUGAUAUCAAUGCUAUUCUUCAAGAGCAUAAACAACAACUUAUUUCCGACACAGAAGAAUUAGAAAAUACAAUUGUUCCAAAAUACAGAACCAUCAAUCUAAGUACAUCUGCUGAGUUUGACAAAGUUCUCUCCGCCAUAAAAGAACAAGAAGAUAAAAUCUGCCAAGCUGUACAUAAAAAAAGCACUCAGCUCACAGAAGAAGUAAGCAGUCAAAAGAAAGAAGCUAUUAGAAAGAACAAAGAAAGGCAGUCUUCAGCAGAAAAAGCUGAAAAAGAAGUCAAUAGAAUUGUUAAAGAAAAUAAAGAUAUCCUUAAAGGAAAUGAUGCCACAGCCAUACUUAAUUAUCAAUCAAGGAAUGAGGAUUUCCAAAAAGGCCCACAAUUACAAAGUUUUUCUUGUCCAAAGUUACUCCCUGGUAUUAUUAAAGAAAACCAAAUUUUAGAAAUGUUAGGGUUUCUUCAGAAUAGGGAUGAACUGCAGAAAAAGGCUGGAAUGCUGAAAAUGAUGGAUAAACCUGUAGUACUAUACACAAUAGAAAGUCCUUAUGGACACCAUCGUAAUUUUUCUAAGAGACAUCAUGGUAAAAGUUAUGAAGAAUUUGAUUUAACCGGUAAGCGUCAGCUGUGGAAAGUGCAGUGUGUUGGGAGAGAUAAGAUCAUGACCAGUGGAGACGGCAAAACAAUCCAGGAGAUAGACAGGACAGGAUCCAUUAUAAGAACAAUUAAUACAGAUACUCAUAUCAGGGCAUUAUCAAUUAAUUUUCAACAGGAACCGGUGUUUGCUUCAGCUGAGACAAAUGAUCAAGAUAUACACAUUUUUACUAAUGGUGAAGUUAAGGUUUUGUUAAGCACACCUGACUGGUAUUCUGUAGGACUUCAUUAUACAGUAAAUGGAGAUCUUCUAGUGAGUAUGUGCAUUAAUGAUUAUAAAGAAAGUAAAGUGGUGAGAUACUCAGGGACCAAGGAGAUUCAGAAGAUCCAGUAUGACAGUCUGGGACAGCCUCUGUUUUCUACAGAUAGAUUAACUAUGCUUCACCUUACAGAGAAUGGCAAUGGAGAUAUCUGUAUUGCUGACCGUGCUGGGAAGGCAGUUGUUGUGGUGGAUUCUUCUGGGGGAUUAAGAUUCAAGUAUACAGGCAACCUCUCCAAACAAACAAAGUACAGAGAGUUUACACCAUCAAAAAUUGCUACUGAUGUCAAUACUCAUAUACUGAUAAAUGAGGACUCAAAUAACAUUGUCCAUAUUAUUGACUGUGAUGGAAACUUUGUCCGUUACAUAGAACAUCCAUGUAAUGGAGGACUCAGUAUUGAUGUAGAUCACAAUCUUGUUAUUGGAGACUGUGAUACUGGAAAAAUUCAAGUUAUCAAAUAUCUAGAGUGAUGAACAGUAUGAAAAAUUACAUUCAAGACAGUGUGUCACCAUAUUUCCUUUGAAUGUGCACAGUUUUAUGUG